AUGGCUCCAGGCGGCGGAGGUAAUAUCAAGGUGGUGGUCCGAGUGCGACCGUUCAAUAGCAGAGAAAUCGAUCGAGGCGCAAAAUGUAUCGUUCAGAUGAAGGGCGCCCAGACGGUGCUGACCGCACCGCCUGGCGCACAAGAUGUAUCGAGGAAAGGCGGCAAGGCCGACUCCGGCCCCAAGGUGUUCGCGUAUGAUCGAUCGUACUGGUCGUUCGACAAGAGCGCGAAUAACUAUGCCGGUCAGGACAACCUUUUCGAUGACCUGGGAUUGCCGCUUUUGGACAACGCCUUUGGCGGUUACAACAAUUGUAUCUUCGCGUACGGUCAGACCGGUUCGGGAAAGUCGUACUCCAUGAUGGGAUAUGGCAAGGAAUAUGGUGUCAUUCCCCGAAUUUGCCAGUCGAUGUUCAUGCGCAUCUCCGACAUGAUGCAGGGAGACAAGCAUCUCAAUUGCACGGUCGAAGUGUCGUAUCUCGAAAUCUACAACGAACGCGUCCGCGAUUUGCUCAACCCGUCCAACAAGGGCAAUCUGAAAGUCCGCGAGCACCCGUCAACUGGUCCCUAUGUCGAAGAUCUGGCGAAGCUGGUGGUGCGCUCUUUCGAGGAAAUCGAGAAUUUGAUGGACGAGGGUAACAAAGCUCGAACGGUCGCCGCGACGAACAUGAACGAGACGUCCAGUCGAUCCCACGCCGUAUUCACCCUGACGCUCACUCAAAAGCGCCAUGACGCUGAAACAUCGAUGGAUACCGAGAAGGUCUCGAAGAUUAGUCUGGUCGAUUUGGCGGGUUCCGAGAGAGCCAACUCGACGGGUGCCACAGGCGCUCGUCUGAAGGAAGGUGCCGAGAUCAACCGCUCGCUGUCCACGCUGGGUCGCGUUAUUGCUGCCCUUGCCGAUGUGUCAUCCGGGAAGCUCAAGAAGGCCUCCAUGGUCCCCUACCGUGAUUCGAUUCUGACCUGGCUACUUAAGGACUCACUGGGCGGUAACUCCAUGACCUCCAUGAUUGCUGCCAUUUCCCCCGCCGAUAUCAAUUUCGAGGAAACCCUGAGUACUCUCCGCUACGCCGACUCCGCCAAGCGAAUCAAGAACCACGCCGUUGUGAACGAGGACCCCAAUGCUCGCAUGAUCCGCGAGCUUAAGGAAGAAUUGGCUCAACUCCGAUCGAAACUUGGAGGCGGCGCUGCUGGAGCGGCAGGGAGCGCGUCUGGAGCAAUGCCCGCCGAAGAAUACUACCCCCCGACACGCCUUUGGAGCAGCAAAUGCAAGGCUGAGAUCGUCGAGCAACUGAACCAGAGUGAGAAGCUCUACAAAGACCUCAACCAGACCUGGGAGGAGAAGCUGCAAAAGACCGAGGAAAUCCAUAAGGAGCGUGAAGCAGCACUUGAGGAGCUGGGUAUCAACAUCGAGAAAGGGUUCAUCGGACUCAGCACUCCGAAAAAGAUGCCUCAUUUGGUCAACCUCAGCGACGAUCCUCUACUGGCGGAGUGUCUGGUCUACAAUAUCAAACCCGGCAACACGACUGUCGGACACAUGGACCAAGGAAACAAUGUCGAUAUCCGCUUGAAUGGCUCUAAAAUUCUCCCACAGCAUUGUACCUUCGAACAUGGCGAUGAUGUUGUAACGCUUGUCCCCACCGAGGGUGCUGCCAUCAUGGUUAAUGGUCUCCGCAUUGACAAAGCUACUCGACUUCGAAGCGGUUUUCGAAUUAUCCUCGGAGAUUUUCAUAUCUUCCGUUUCAACCACCCCCAGGAGGCCCGGGCCGAACGAGUGGAGCAAAGUCUAUUGCGACACUCCGUGACCACCAGUCAGCUGGGUUCUCCUGCUCCGAACAAGUCUCAUGAUCGCAAUGUCAGCAAGACGGGAUCCGAUAUUGAUGGUGAUACGAGCCGGACAGAUUCUCCUCAGCCGUCCCGAAGUCGUGAAUCAGAUUGGUUCAUGGCUAGAAAGGAGGCCGCGAGCGCCAUGCUCGGCCCGGAUCAUAUUUCUCAUCUACCGGACGACGAGCUGGAGACUCUUCUUGAGGAUGUUCAAAAGGUGCGAGCAGGACGCCGGGGACUUCCUGAGAACGAGGACGAUUCGGACUCUCUCAGUUCCUUCCCAGUCCGGGACAAGUACAUGUCCAAUGGCACCAUUGACAAUUUCUCUUUGGACACCGCAAUUACAAUGCCCGGUACUCCGCGCCAAAAUGACGAGGAUGAUGGAAACGGCGUUUCUCUGAAGUCGGUCCACCAGGAUAUGCAACGUCAGCUUGAUCGACAGAAGAUGGAGUAUCAUGAUAAGCUGAGGAAUGCAGAGGCCGCUUCCAACCCUGAUCCAAGCGAGAUCCAAACCGAGAAACAACGCAUGGAGGAUGCACUUCGUGCAACCAAAGAGCAAUAUGAGGAACAACUGCGCCAACAACAGGAGAACUUCCAGUCCCAGAUGCGAGACAUGGGUCACGCAGUUCCACAAAUCCUCGAUAGUGGCUUUUCGAAACUGGAUGAGCGAGAAAUCGCGAUUGCCCAGUCUGUGUACCGUCAUUGGUCACAGCGGAACUAUGUCCGCAUGGCGGAGAAAAUCUUGCAAUAUGCAUCGCUUCUCAAGGAGGCUCAGGUGAUGAGCCAGAUCAUGGACAAGAACGUAGUUUUUCAAUUUGCUAUUAUCGAUCAAGGUCACAGUAUGGCUUCUUCCUAUGACCUGGUCCUGAGUGGCAUUUCUGGAGACGAAGAUAUCGUUCUCGAAGAGACCAAGAAACCCUGUGUGGGUGUGCGAGUGAUCGACUAUAAGAAGUCCGUCAUCCACCUCUGGUCUAUCGAGAAGCUACAGCGUCGUGUCCAAUCCAUGCGACAGUUGCAUCAGUACAUCGACCGCCCGGACUACAUCCAGCACUUCAAACUCGAGAAUCCAUUUUCGGAGUCUUGCUCCCCUCAGUAUUCUCUCGUUGGAGAUGCCGAUAUUCCCCUGACCGCUGUCUUUGAAACUCGUGUGCAAGAUUUCUCGGUCGAGAUCACUUCACCAUACACCCAGAGUGUGGUGGGUAUCAUCCGCCUGUCCCUUGAACCAUCGUCCAGACAAGCACCCUCGUCGAAACUGGUGUUCAAUGUUGUCAUGCGUGAUAUGGUUGGAUUUGCUGAGUGGGAAGGCUCUGACGUCCAUGCUCAACUUUUCGUUCCUGGAAUCUCAGAAGAAGGAGGUGCAACCACGACGCAGAUGAUCAAUGGCUUCGAAGAAAGCCCUGUACGUUUUGAAAGUGUUCAUAGCAUGAGCAUCCCUCUGUGCAGUCCGCGAUCAGCUGCGUUGAAGGUUUGUGUCUACGCACGCAUCACCUCUGUCCAUCUGGACAAGCUUUUGAGCUGGGAUGACAUGCACGACUGUUCGGAUAUUACGACUAGGAAACGCACAUCACCUCGACUUGCGGAAUCCGAGUUCUACUCCCAAGAGAGACACGACGUUUUUGCUCGUAUCCAGAUCCUUGAAAUGGCCGAGUCGGGCGAGUAUUUGCCAGUCGAGGUGAUCCAAAAUAGUCCGCUCGACGCCGGUACUUAUCAACUCCACCAAGGACUCCAGCGCCGAGUCUCAAUCAACAUGACCUACAGUUCGACCGAGAGUCUUCCGUGGGAUGAUAUCACCAACGCCCGUGUAGGCUCUGUUCGCCUGCUUGACCCUUGGGGUAAAAUCCCAGACCAAGAUCUGCAGACUCCUGAUGUUCCACUCAAGUUCCUUCAAGAACCAAUGGUCAAGGAUAAUGCCGACGGCACAUCGAAUGUUACCAUCAUUGGCCAGUGGGACUCUAGCUUGCACGGUUCUCUCCUGCUUGACAGAGUGACUGCCGAUAAGUACAAGGUUCAAGUCACUGUCCGCUGGGACCUUGUCUCUUCGCGUCUGCAGACACCCGUUGUGUUCGAGGUUGACCAAACGCUGCAAAUUCUUGGGCGUAACUACAUCCGCCAGCAAUCAAUGUUCAAACAGCUUUGGAGCAACAUCCGGAUCGUGCAUUCAACAACUCGCAUGUACUCUUUGGUUAUCCGACCCAUCUCUGCGAAGCGAGCUGCCGACCUGUGGCGCAUGAACACGCAAAACGACUACGUUAAGGGCGAGGAAUAUUUGACUUCAUGGGCUCCCCGCAAGGUCUCUCUGGUGCUCGACUACAUCGCAGCUCGUAAGCGUCGAUACAGGAUGGCUGAGUUACAUGCUGCCCGUGGUGCUCUCAGCGCGGGCAGUCUGAUUGCCUCACCCGCUCGUGGCAGUGGACGGUCUACUCCGUUGCGCAAUCAGGACCUCAACGAACGCAAGGCGAAACUCCUUCGGAAGUAUCUUGAGUUGUGGGCAACCAAAAAUGAUCCUACCGAGGCCAUCCUAGUCCGCACAAACACCGAACCUCCCGGAACCGGUGCCGCCAUUGUUGCCCAACGCAAGGGCAACGGCGUGGACUCGGCUUCAGACAAGGUCUCGCUGAAACCUCGCUUCGUCGCUACCAUUCAGACUCUGCCCAAGAACCCUUCUACCCUGAAGACGGGCUACGUUUUCACACCCGACGAUACCAACAGCGUCUGGGUUCGCCGCUUUGUGGAGCUUCGCCGGCCGUACCUCCACAUUUACUCCGUUCCUGAAGGUGACGAAAUCAACGCCAUCAACAUGCGCAAUGCGCGAGUCGACCACGCGCCCGAUUUCGCACGCCUGCUCGACGGAUCCGGGGCCGGGACGGACCGCUCCCUCUCUGCCAAUGGACGUCCGAAUAUCUUUGCCGUCUACGGUACCCAAAACACGUUUCUCUUCGCCACGCGCACCGAAGCUCAGAAGGUGGAGUGGAUUCUCAAGAUCGAUGAGAGCUACUUCAGCAGCCGUGGCGGCAGUGCCGCUACAAGCGGCGACGAGCGCUAG